UUCUGGAAAACGAAAAAGACAUACAGCAACGCAUCAUAUUUUUCUCCAGGAGACUUCCGAUAUUGGGUCCUCCUAGGCCAUAAAAAAAGAGGGUCUGGUGAAGAAAUCAAUGCAUUGAAAAAGCCCCAACAUUGUUUUACUUCGGCACGAACUUUUACAGCACUUCGUAUCCUACCCGCUAAACGUUAUACCAAGACGGGGUUCCAAACCUUGAAUAUGGGGAUGGACUCUACACCCUAUCCAUUAAUGCAUCUUAUCGAUUGCUAAGAAAAGUGCCCUAAAGACUGGAAAAAGAACGCUUGUAAAGAUGUACUUUGUAAUGUGUCAGAAAGAGACGAUGCUAAUUAAACAAAACACGGAAAAGACAAGCCAAGAGAAGAUAAUAAAAUGCAAAUUGAUACAGUAAAAGAACGACUGUGUACAUGGAGGUUGAAUAUUAUUGCGACGUUCCGAGCAUAACUCUUUUAACUCUUCUAAGCGUGGUGUCGUACUUUUACUAAACUAAUUUUUAUUUAUCAUUUUCAUUAAUUCUUCCUACAACACGCCGAACAGCGUUGAUUAUCAAGCGAAGAUAAGGUUCCAUACCAAUUGACAAAUUUCACUUCGGUACACCGAGCUACGUAUUUUUAGAAAUCAAAAUAUUAUUUUCAAAUACCUUGCACAUUUGAAAAAUUCCAGGUUCAUAUGCCUAAUGUAUUUUCAGGGGAACUCAAAUUGCCGCGACUUCAAAUUUCUCAAAACCGUCCUCGCUCCUAUUUUUUUGAAGUUUCUUAACUGGUAAACACCUGGAUAAAGCAACCUACAGUAUUCACCUUUCACUUAUUUCUGGAAUCUCCGCGGUCAAACGCAGAUGGGAAGAUGCCAGCAAUGAACGUGAGAAACAUGAUGCUCUUCUUGGUUACAUUAUUACUGCUUUGCGAACACAAUUUUAGCCAAGAAUGGAUUUUCACUGGUCUCAGCGGCCUUUCACAAAACCUGGCGACCAAACACGACUGUAGCAGAUCGCUAGAGCCAGGUACCUAUCGGCAUAUGCUUUGCAGACAGAAAUUCUCCGGAAUGCAAAGUAUAAAACGUGGAACUAACAUGGCAUUCAGACAAUGCGCAAAGCUUUUCAAAUGGAGUCCCUGGAAUUGCAGUGCCCUGAAGCCAGAAGGAGAUACGGAUUCCCCAUUCGGUGAAGGGCUGAAAGGGACGAAAGAAGCUGCAUUUAUCAGUGCGUUGUUCGCAGCAAGUGUUGUUCAUGCGAUCACAACCGACUGUAGAGAUGGGAGAAUCGAAGGAUGCGAGUGCGACAGGGGACAGCAUCCAAACAACGUUUAUGGGGUCAGUGGUUUUGUAGCGGGCUGCAGUGAAAACAUCAAAUAUGGCAUCGCUUUCUCGGAGAGAUUCCUCGAUACAGCAGAACUGAUGGAUCGUCAUCGCCGGCCAAGGACGUCAAAAGACAUUCUGUCGAUGAAUAUUCAUAACUAUAGGGUUGGACGUAAGAUUGCCAGAGAGAGCAUGAGAAAAACCUGUAAAUGUCAUGGAAUGUCCGGAACAUGUGCUACAAAAGUCUGCUUUAAGCAACUGCCACCGUUCGAUGAGAUUGCUAAACGAAUAAAGAAAAAAUACGAACAUGCAACGUAUGCUAGAGUCUCGAGGAACAGCUGGAAACCGGGAAGGGUUAGUCUCGUUCCAGUCUGGCCUACACUAAAAAAGAUUGGUAUUGGUGACUUGGUUUAUCUUAUACCUUCGCCAAAUUACUGCAACCAUAACAAAACGCUGGGAAUUCUGGGUACACCUGGCAGACGAUGCAAAGUCAGUAAGACUAAUUCAAUUCAAACAUACCCAGAGCAUUGCAAAAUGUUAUGCUGCGGGCGUAGUUAUUACAGUGUUAAAAAGGUCAUCAAAGAGAACUGUCAUUGCAAAUUCACUUGGUGUUGCAACGUUGAGUGCAAAACGUGUUACAAAACUAAAGAGUUACAUUUUUGCAAAUAGACGCCCAGUUCGGUUUGAUGACAUCAUAAAGAGCUAGCAGUUUUGAUGACGUCAUUAAACGCUAGCAAUGUUGGCAAUAUCUAUGAAGAAGCUUAUUCGCUACAAGAACAGUGAGUACUAUACUUUUCCAGUUGAAACCGAAGGCGUGGUUAAGAAUGUAGCUACCAAUAAAACUUCAUAUGGCAAUCAUUUGCUAGAUAACUGAUCAACAAGAGAUUUCCAUGGACAUUUGAUAGUCUUGACUACGUAGUGACUGUAUGCUUUGAAAAUGGGCGUCGUGAAGCGUUGAAAAUAUGUGGGUACUGUAGAUAGACUUGACUACUAGAACAAUGUUAUACUAGUAUGCGAGACAGUAAACGUUCUAUGUGCUGCCCCGGAGCUAAUUAGUUGUACUAAGAAUUUUUAUAUAAAGUCAGUAUUAAUGAGCUGAAGAAUGAGCAGUUUUAUUAGCAGAUGCAAAGACACAGGUAUGUGACUUGACAUGUAGCAAUGUAUCAUACCUCACCAAAAUCGUUUUUAUAACAUGACAAAAUAAGCAACAAAACUUGGAUGCAAAAAGUUUGUUGCUCUUAGAAUUGGGCUUGUAAAACCCAAUAGUGCAAAAAAGCUGUUUUAUUCUUAGCUGUGUAAAUUUUAGAUACAUUUUAGUUUUAGAGAGAAACAUACAGAUUAUGACAGUACAUUUCAUAUCUGCCAUCUAAAUGGCCUUUUAAUAUCCUUGUACUACAGUGCACGUUAGAUUUUUAGUAUGAUGUAUUAGAUGUCAACAAUAUAUGUAAAUUACGGCAGAAGAUGCACCAGAGAUAGUAGUAACUGCCUUACGCGAGGUAUUUAACGAUUUAAAUAUUUCUAGAUUAGCAAUACCUUUCCACGCACGAUAAAUGAAAGAAUCGGAAGUUCAUAAAUCUGUGUAUUUUGUUCGCUACGGACAGGGCAAUGCAUAGCACUACACGACUUAUUAUGCAUAAGAAACUGGUUUAUUAGAAACUGAAUCUGUACUGGGAGGGCCAAAUAUUUACUGCAUAGG